AUGGCUUUCGAACAUACGAAUAACCAUACUAUGGAAAUACGUUCAUUGUUUUCAUCGUCAGUUAUUCAUCAAGAAUUUGUCGCGCAAGCAUCAAACAAAAGAAACUGUCAAAAAUUAGCACUUGUAUUGGACGAACAAUCGUUAACAUAUGCGGAAAUUAUGUUUUACGUACAAAAGCUAGCUAUGAACAUAAUUGAGAAAGGUUUUGGUAAAUACCAACAGAAGAAGGAAGAAUUUAUUGUAUUUCAAUAUGUACGACAAUCAAUCGAAAUGUGUAUUGGUAUGUUUACUACUUUAACGAUUGGCGGUGCGUACCUCGGUUUGAAUCCAAAUGACCCAAUUGAGCGUACAGAAAUAUUGAUCGAUGAAAUUCAAUCGAAUCAAUUACAUAAUAAUAUACUUAUUUUAGUGCAUUCAGUUACUGCAAAGAAGUUCCAUGUUAAGAUUAAAGAAACGUAUUGUAUAGUUCAAAUCGAUAAUAUUCUACAAAGCGAAGAAAUAAACGCCCCGAUCUGUAACCAACAGCUUAACAUACUAUCUAACGUCAAAGUAAAUCGUGAAAGUCUAGCAUUUCUUAUUGGCACGAGUGGUUCCACUAGCAAACCCAAAUUCGUCGAAAGAUGUCAUUGUCAAAUGAUAGCAUCUACUGAUGUAUUUUCCUCCGUCAAUAUUUAUAAUUCAAAUCAAAUAAUUCUUCAAAUCGCGGGAUGUGUGUGGAUUUGGCAUCUAUUUGAAUUUGUUAGUGCCAUGAUAUUAGGAUCAACUUUAGUUAUGUUGCGACCAGGUGGUAAUUUGAAUAUGAGUUAUUUGACUUACACUAUACAAGAAAAACAAGUGACUGCAGUCACAACAGGCCCAUCUUUAAUGAAACAACUAGCUGAGUAUGUUUCAACAUUGCCACAAAAACGGCAAGAGCAUUCAUUGUUGUCAAUCCAAACGUAUCUUGUGGGAGGUAACUACACCGUUUUCUUUUCAGAACAUAUAAUUGGAGCUAAGCUCAAUAAAACGUAUUUGAACGUGAGUUGA